AUGCUAGACACAGAGAGAUACUCGAGAGACUGGCUCACAUUCUCCCUGCAGGCGCUUCUUUCCCGCCAUGAAGCCUACGUCGCCGACUCGGAGCGCGAACGCAAACACAUGCUCGGCACCAUCGAGGGCCUGGAAAAAGAGAAGGUGGAGCUCGAGGAGAAGAACGCAGAGGUCAUCAAGGCGAACCGACAACUCUUGGACAGAUUGGAGCAGUUGAACGACGCGGUCGCGAGCUCAGAUGCCCAGAUCAAGGCGCUUACCGAUACGCUGCAUUCGACCGAGGAGGAGCUUCAGAGGCUGAGCUCCCUCGCAGCCCGGACCCAGAUGCUCGAGGCGCAGCUGCUCGAUCUGGAGAGGGAGCAGAUGCAGACACAGACGAGUUUGGAGCUGAGGCUCACAGAUGAGAAGACGGCCAUACAACGAUGGAGGAGAGCGGAAAAGGUCAUUGCCGAUCUCCAGGACCAGAUCGAUCGCAUUGAGAAAGAGUCACGGGAAGAACGCGAGAGGCAUGUCGAGAUUGUAGCGCGCAUGGAGCGGCGCAUGGCGGUGGAUGGAGAGUUGGCCACGGCGGCUGGAAGAUUGAAGGCGAAAGCUGGAGUCGACAAAAGUGGCACAAAUGUGGUCUCGCACUUUGUCAAGGACAUCCUGUUGGACAACGCGAACUUGCAACAUGGCAUCGUCGAACUCCGCGAGAUGCUAGACAGCUCGAACAAAGAAGUGGAACGUCUCCGAGAGUAUCUGGGCGCCCAUCAGCCUGUGUCUCCGAGUGAGAGCCCUUCUGAGCUCGCGACACCCCAAGCUGCCACUCCAAACCUGCAGAAAGAACUGGCCGGAGAAACCGUCUACAACCAAGAGCUGCAUAUCCACCACCAUUACAGCCAACCUCUCGCAAAAACUCCGUCGAAACCUCCGAGUCGCCGCCCGAGAAAGAAGCGCUUCAGUCUCACACCUGGACAUUUCACACCUCCUAUACAAGCAGAUCCCGCAACGCAAACCACUAUACUAUCUCAAACCGCCGUCACCGUACCCAACACGAAUCGCUGGUCCAACGCAACAACCCUCGCACCAUCACUACCCAGCUCCCCUCUCUCAGUAUCACAUCGCGAUUCCAUCUACGACCGCGUCUUCAGCGACGCUAAUUAUGACUCUUCCCGCCCGACAAGUCCCUCCGACUCAAUCGACCUUCAGUCACCCAAGUUCGGACCAAGGACGCACACUACAUGCGACAUCAAUCAGCACUACCGCAAGAAAACCCAGUCACUGAAGCCUCCGAGCUUGGCAACGAUCAGGAGCGUAAGCACACCCAUCUCGAUAACAGCAAAAAGCAGCCCAGCGAGCGCAGUGGUGUCUGGCGUCAGUCCAGCUAGUUCGCUUGCCAACGAUGACUUCGUCCUUUCACCGUCUCCGCAAGCGCAGCCUACCAUUCUAGAAGAAGGCGAAGAUACCUCUGACGCCGACGCUAACACCACCCCUGAAACUCUCGCCUCCCCGUCACCUAAUGCUCGUCUCGACGAUGAGGAACUCGAAGACCUCAUGUCACCAUUGUUCCAAACCCGGCCAACCCUCCGCCGCGCCAUGUCUCACGAAUCAUUGAUCUCGAUAUCGGGAAUGGAUAUUCACACCCUGCAAUCGCGGCCCUCACAAUUACUUCUAUCUACAUCCCCACGCUUUGCGACGCCAGGAGGCGCAGACAGUCUGCAUCCUGAGCUCACACCCUGGACCGCUACAGCGACUGCGCGUAUGAGCCGUCGUGACCUCGAUUCCAGCACGUACAAUCGGUCCCUUUUAUACUCCAGUACCCCACGCGCGCCUAGUGCAGGGUACAGAAUUCCCUCAGCCGGAGGCCUGGGUAGGAAAGUCGGUGGGUGGGUUCUUGGAAAGUGGGGUGCUGCGCCCACUUCAACUUCUACCUCCACUUCGCCACGACCUGACUCGAGCCAAAGCGCGGAGACCCAAUCUAGCACUGAUACAGUGAAGAAGGAAGUGAGUGGAAAGAAGAAAGAGGCGAGGAAGGAAGUGCGCUUGAGGGCACCAGGCGUCAAUCAGAAUGGGCCUAUUUGGGGGUUCUUCGAUGUCAAGGAGACUCCUACUAAGAUUGUGGUUGAGGAGUACGACGCGGAGGCUCUAGGAGAGGCGCUUGCGGAGGGCUAG